AAUGUUCCAUUUUGACCUGUGUGUGUGAUUAGUGUCUAAUCUUUGCCUGUGCUGUCACGCCAACAGAAUCUGACUCGAUGGAUCCGCCACAAUAUGGCCUCAGUAUAGAGGAGGAAUCCAGAUCAUUCAAUCAGAGAGCCAUGAAUGUGAGAAAAGCCCUUCGUCUCUACAACCUCCUCAUGAUGAAACGCAAUGAAACUCUGCGGGACAUCAUCGCAGACUUCAACGUCAUCUGCGAAAGCCUGGACAAGAUGCACAAGCAGAAUAAAACUAUGGGCAUCGCGGGAGGCACCACUGGCGCUGUGGGAGGGGUGACUGCAGUGUUGGGGAUCGCCUUGGCCCCUGCGACCUUAGGUGCCUCGCUGAUUGCUACAGCCGUCGGUGCUGGUAUGGUGGCAUCUGCGGGGGGCAUAAAUGCACACAAAAACAAGGUCAACAAGAAGUUUCUUAAUAAGAUGGCAGUGGAGAAACUGGUUUAUGACUACAAGGAAAAUGUUGUUGACCUGGAACAUUGUUUGGAUUUUAUCCUCUCUGGGAUGAACGAGCUGAGAAGGCACGACAUUGCCAGGCUACAGAGGGCGGGAGCGCCGCCUGACGCAGUCAAGAUGGCGCAUCUGUCACAGUCUGUGCAUAGGAUGGAUGACGGCAAGAAGGUAUCUCACACAGGUGGGAUGUCGUCCGAGAGACUACUUCAGGAGUUUGCCAUGGAAAUCGAUCAGUAUUUCAAAGAAAAGGAUGAUCGAAAGCUGAAGAAGUCAUCCAGGAGCAAGUUUUCUGGAAGGGUUUGCAUGCUCGCAAAAAAUCUGCAGAGUGAACUAGAUCACCUGAAUCGUAUGUGGGAAAUGUUCAGCUGAAUGAAAUGAGAGCUCUUU